AUGAGCGCAUCAGACAUAACUAUAGAGCCGCGCUGCACCGAGCUCUUCAGCACGAUUGAAGAUAAAUUCAAAGCUUCCGAAAUCGACAGCGACAAAUGGUAUAUCUUGGUUCUAAGUGCGAUUUCAGCUACACCAGAAUCGCACCUUUGCAGCCAACUAUACCUAUAUCUGAUAAAUCAACCUGGAUAUUCAAGUAAUGAUGCGCGCCGCAAGUUGGUUCGACGCAUGCGCGAAGUCCUGUUCAAGGAUCUUGCUCUUCUAGGAUUCCCCAGACCUACGGAGGCCCUCCUCAAUAUCACCAAAGUCAUAUCCGAGGAAGAUACGGAAUGCUCAUUCACACGAGAAGGCUGGCAGUGCGACAGUGCAAACCAUGCGCGCGGCAUGGAAUGGCUGGAAUCAAUAUAUGCGCAAAACACAGAGGGGCUAUUUGACUUAUUCAAAACCCAUCCAGACUUCGCUUUUUGGCUUGCAGAUAUCACCUAUGGGUUACACUUGUCUGACCGCCAGGUUUUGGAUGACGUGGAUACAGAAAUGGUGGUUUUGCCGGCUGUGAUGGCUCAAGACCUGCCGCGGAUGACUUACUGGCAUGUUCGAGGAACAAGGCGAUUGGGGAUCUCCAAGGAAGAUGUGAAAAUGGUCAUGGAUUGUGUGCAUCUGAUUGUUCAAGCUUGCGGUGUGACUUUGAGGCAGAUGCCUACGGUGGAUGCCGUGGAGGAAGACCUUGUAGAGACUUGA